AUGGCUGGAAGCACAGUGCUCCCCAAUGUGAAUAUCCAAGGCCUUUCACGCCACAUGGUGAUCUCAGAGGACCUGAGACGUUUGACAUAUGACAAGGCAAUAGCAGUGUCCCAUGCGCUGCGUGAGAAAGCCUUCAUUGGCAUUUGUGAGCUGAAGGCUCACACCCACAGUUCUCUCCCUCUCACCUACGGUGUGAGGAAUACACGGGCCAUCGACCAAGCCGGGUUGGAUGGCAUCAAAGAUAGCAUCAUUGAGGACAGUGGUCCAUCAAGACUACGACCAGAUAUGCCAGUUGUGCUGUUGAUCCGGCAACCCUGGGUGACCAGUACUGACUGGCCAAAAAUAAUCACGCCAGAUAACCAUAAGUCAUUGGCAGUUCUUGAACUGAGUGAGGUGGGUUGGCUAGCAGCAAGGGCUGGCCAAUUGAAAGUUCUGAAUGGACAACAUCGAAUUGGGGCAUUACAGGCUGCUUAUGCAGCGGUAGCCGGUGAGGUAAAGAAGUAUGGGGAAGCAGUGGAAGGGAAGGUGGUUGAUAAUAUGGCGACGUCGGAGGAGAGGGAAAUAUAUCGGAAGGAUGAGGAGAGGUUGAAGGAAUGGAAGUUAAAGCUCCUAGAGCUUGUGACAUGGCCUGCUGCGGUGUAUGAUUUGGGCAAGUGGAGGAAAACGCAAAAUUCCUUUUUAGAUGUUUUGGAACAAGAUGAAAGUAUGGGGAGCUUCGUCAUUGAGCUUCUCGCACGAAACAAGGAUGUCAUCGAAGUCAUGGCAUCAGAGGAAGAAAAGUUGGUGCCCAUUUAUCAGCACCUUCUCAAUGUCCAGGUGAGGACAGGGUGGAGGCCAACUCUGUGGCGGUCAGCUGCUGCAGCCAAGGAGGGGCCUGACGGGAUUGACCUUGAUAUCCGCAAGGUGAUGUGGCCAAAGCUCGGCACACACAGGAAGCUCCAGCGGAUUGCAGCUGACAAAAGGUCCAAUCGGGGACUGAUGGAACUUGUCUGUGUCGGCAAGUACUACCGUGACUGGAAGGGCUUCACAAUAAACCACAUCUCGACAAAACUUCUUGGUCAUACAUGUGCGUAUCUGUGGACAUAUGUCCAAGCACAAAAUGAACGUCUGGGGCUUCUCAUGACGGAGUCUGACGUGGAUGAUAACUUCGAUUAUGAGCGAUUCGAGGCACUCCUGAAGGAACUGGAUGGGAAGUUGACGCACAAAUCACGCAAGGCGAAAACCGAAGAGCUUGAUGAACUGGCACUGCAUUUUUUCUGGAAAGGUGUGGAGGAUGCCGAGGUGGUGGCUGGGGUGGCGACGAUUGUCAAGAAAGGGUCGAAGAAGACACAGCGGACUUAUGGAGAUGACAUUUUCCAGUUCUCACAUCGGGAUCACUCAUCACGAUAUAUCGACUACCGAACAGCACUAUGGAGUGCAGUCGAAAAGGUCCUUGAGCCAAACCGAAAUAUUCUCCCUGAGUCGGUGGUCCAAAAAUGUCGCUAUCGCUUCAACGUCCUCUUCUCUGGCGUCAUUCACAGGUGGCAUAUGAUUCUGAUCACAAAUGGUCUCCCAUCGAAGUUUGAUGACAUUUCAACAGAAUAUGAACAGUUUUUCAAGGAGUCAUCCACCAAAAUGUUUGCGAACAUCCUGGUGGAGCUGGCCAUACGUCUGUCAUCCACCGAAAUGUUCGUGAACAUUAUGGUGGAGCUGGCCAUAUGUCUGUCAUCCACCAAAAUGUUCGCGAACAUCUGGAUCCAUGCUUGGAUUGACCCUGUCAAUGCCUACAUGAUGGACAUCACCCAACUUAACUACUUUGAUGCAUCCUAUGCACUAUUUGAUGCGAUUCUUCAAGAUCCUUUGCUUGCUGUGGAGCCAGGGACUGAAGUGGAGUUCACACAUGUGGUGUUUAGUGAAUUAUUGCCAUGCUUUAAACACUGGAAAAUUGAAUGGGAUCAUUGUGGAUUCAAGCCCAUCCCCUCACGCACCAAUUCUUCUUCGCCACUACCUGGUGGGUUCUUUGAGCGUGGAUCAACAUAUGAUGUACAUGCCAAGACCAAGGCACGCAUCAGGGAGGCCAAGGAAAAGGUCCCUGAUGAUGACCCCUCUCUGGACCCUCCAGAGCCUGGGAAUCAUAAGAAUGGCUUUUUGGGUGAUGCACCAUUCAAUAUCUCAUGGUCCGAUGAGUGCCUUGAAUACUGCACAUCCAUCACCACUUUCCUGCGCUGGUAUGACAACAACUUCACUCAUGUCGAUCUCGUCAAAUUCCGCAAGGGCAAGGAUGCUGUUGAUCAUGCGAUGGCAUUAUACCCACGGAUUUCUCCUACCCAGGUUGAUGCAGGACCAAAUCACCUGCACCGUGACUCUGCAAAAUGGCGCCUAUCAUGGGUCAGAGAUGCAUUGUCAAUUUAUGCACCAAGCCCACCCGAUUUCCAACUCAUCAUCCCAACCCGUGUUCGAAAGUCAUUGACAUACUUCAAUCAACCUGAAGCCUUUGUCCAUGCCCUUGAGGGAAAAUUGGAUUCAAGUGAUGAGGAUCCUGAGGGAGGAUCUGCAGCACAGGCUUAUCAUGCCACAUGUGUUCAACACUGCCAACAACUUGAUGGGCUAAGGAAAGCCUUCGAAGGAGUAACAUUUAUUCACAAGGGAGGGAAAGUAGAUGGCCCAAUUGAUUCCAGUAUCAUAACAGCAUGGAAUGCAUUUGAGCAGCACCUUCACCGAUUCUCAGUCAUAGCCUCUGUGGCAAAGGCAAAAGCAGUGCAAGAUGCUGAAGGCUCUGCUGGAGAACUCCAAUUAUUUGAGGAGGAUAUUUGCCUGUUGGGAGGAAUGCCACCUUCAAAAUUCACAUUCAAGAGUAGUUCGAUUAUGGCUGGGAAACGCCAAUCAACAUCCCCAGUGCUGCCAAAAUGGCUCCGAGAUGCACGGGAUAUCACCAUUUCUGAGGCAAGUGAUAACUACAAACAUGCCAACAUAUCCAUCAGACUCACCACUAAACAGACACAUCAGAAGGCCCUGGAUAAAUUAGAGGAUCAACAGGAGGAGAAGGAUUAUGAUCCUGAACAAGGGGACCCUGACCGAGAUGACACUCCAUCCAAGUCUUCAGACUGCAGCAGUGAAAGCAGUGAUGCCAAGUCAACUGACAACGAGGAGCCUAUGCCAUCCAAAAAACCCACUAGGGUGGAAAAAGGUAAGGGGAAGGCUGUGCCUGAUCCUGGCCAAAGGGAUGUUGAAGACCCCACACCAGAGGAUGAUCCAACCGGAUCGGAGCUUAGUGAUAGGGGUGAGCCUGAGCAAGGCGUAAAACACCCCCGGACAUCUAUUGAAUCCACAGUAACGCCUGCUGCAAAGAAGCAACAGCCCCAGGAUCCAAUCAAGGAACCAAGACGUACCCGUGCAACAGCCAAAAAGGGUGUAAGUGAGGCUGCUCCCCAGCGACCUGGUGACCUUGUCUCAAACAGAGGUGGCAUGCGUGGACUUGGCCAAAAAUGA